CCACAGCCUAGCAGCGUUGGUCCUGGAGUUGGACAGGCUUUGUGUGUCUACCUUGUUUGGCAAGAGUGAUAAGAAAGUAAAUUCCUCAUCUAUGCCUGUCUCCUGCUGUUCUCUGUGCUGCUGGCCCUUCGUCUGGAUGGCAUCAUUCAGUGGAGUUACUGGGCUGUUUUUGCUCCAAUAUGGCUGUGGAAGUUGAUGGUCAUUGUUGGAGCCUCAGUUGGAACUGGAGUCUGGGCACGAAAUCCCCAAUAUCGGUAUAUUUUCACCAAGAAGAUACAUCAUAAAUGUUUACCUGUAUUUUGAAUGAAAUGUUCUCGGCUUUGCAGAUGCUUUUAGCAGAAGGAGAAACAUGUGUGGAGUUUAAAGCCAUGCUAAUUGCAGUGGGCAUCCAUUUGCUCCUGUUGAUGUUCGAAGUUCUGGUCUGUGACAGGAUUGAAAGAGGAAGCCAUUUUUGGCUUCUGGUCUUCAUGCCUCUGUUCUUUGUUUCCCCGGUGUCUGUGGCAGCUUGUGUUUGGGGCUUUCGACACGACCGGUCCCUGGAGCUAGAAAUACUGUGUUCUGUCAACAUCCUGCAGUUUAUAUUCAUUGCCUUAAGACUGGACAAGAUCAUCCACUGGCCCUGGCUUGUCGUGUGUGUUCCCCUGUGGAUUCUUAUGUCCUUUCUGUGCCUGGUGGUCCUCUAUUACAUCGUGUGGUCUGUUUUGUUCCUGCGUUCCAUGGAUGUGAUUGCAGAACAGCGAAGGACACACAUAACAAUGGCACUGAGUUGGAUGACCAUUGUCGUGCCUCUCCUUACUUUUGAGAUCCUGUUGGUUCACAAACUGGAUGGCCACAACGCAUUCUCUUGUAUCCCAAUAUUUGUCCCCCUUUGGCUCUCCUUGAUCACUCUGAUGGCAACCACAUUUGGACAGAAGGGAGGAAACCACUGUUGCAGGGGUUCGUGUGGUCACUGCCAGCCUGGGGGCCCCACUUGGAGAGCCACGGAGCCACAGGCCUUUCCCCUUGCCCUUAGUGGCUAUUCAGGCCUUGCUCUAUCUUCAUUUCUAAGACAUCAGGAUAAAGCAUUAAACGGGUGGUUUGGUAUUCGCAAGGAUUUCUGUCAGUUUCUGCUUGAAAUCUUCCCAUUUUUGAGAGAAUAUGGAAACAUCUCCUACGACCUCCAUCAUGAAGAUACUGAGGAAACCGAAGAAACCCCAGUUCCAGAACCUCCUAAAAUUGCUCCAAUGUUUCGGAAGAAGACCAGGGUCGUUAUCACCCAGAGCCCUGGGAAGUAUGUCCUCCCACCUCCCAAACUGAAUAUUGAAAUGCCAGAUUAGACACCACUUCCUUGGACAGAAUGCAAGCGGACCACCGGGACGCACGCACGCUGUCUCCUACCCUCCUCUGCCUCUUUGUUGACCCCACCCAGAACUGGAGCCGAGGCCAGGGCUCCGGGAACUUCCAUCUCAUGCCUUGUUUGCACUCAAUGCCUACCAGUGACUCACCCUGACGGGACGCACACAUGGCAGGUGACUGGCACCCGCGGUGUGGGCUGGGCUAGGGCGCGUGUCAGUGGACGUGGGCGUGAAGGAGGGAGCGUGUGUGAGAAGGGGAAAGCCAUCACCUCUGGGCAGGCGCCUCAGGAGCUGACUUGGAUCUGUUAGGGAUGGCUGCUUAGGCCAGAAAAGGAGCUGGUUUUCAAAGUGCUAAAAUUCCUAUUGAAAGUGUUCUUUGAAAAUGGUUUUUUAGACCAGGCUGGCCACACCAUGUAGCUUAGAUUCUCCUGUCGCAGCGUAGUCAGUAGGAACUGUAAAUACGCCUCUGCAGCACCACGAGUGUACCUACACCGUCAUUACUGUUUGUGUUCCUGCUGUGGAAGUCGUUUCUCUUUGGGCAAUGCUGACAGCAGUUUUUAAUGGCCCCAUCGGUGAGCCCUUUCCAAUGGAGUGACUCCGUGCCUGUAUAGUAUUUAUACAAAUAUUUUAGCAUUGUAAUAUACCGUGUUAAAUCCUAGUUCUGUACAGUAUAUUCUGUUAAAGUAUUUUUUUACGAGCUUGUAUGGGAGACGUGUGUUCUGUUGCAGAAGCAGAAGCUGCUGGCGCACCUGUCCUGCCCAGGGGGUGUCACCCCUUAACGGGCCAUCGUCAUCACCCCCCUUGAAAUCCUCCACACACAGUGGCUGCUACUGCCAGAACAGCCACGAUAAGCAAGAAAUGGUUUGUGCUUUUCCUACAUUCUGGGAAUAUGUGCGUGAGCUGAAACUAGAGAAACUGGAAGAAGUUGCUGAAACUGGAAACAGCCACUGGAAUCACGUGUUUGUUAGGGUCUGAGGCCCUUUGUCGGGCCCCCAACAAAAGUCCUUCCGGCCGGCCAGCCCCGUGCUUUCAACUGGGAGUACACUUGCUCCAAGAGCUGCUGGUAGAGCCCUGGGCGAAGCAGAAGAAAGCAGAUCCUCCAGGAUAAGAGCCUUUGGCCUGAGAACAAGUAGCCGUUUGUGAAAGGAGGGAAAAGGCGCACUGGCAUUGUCACGCAGGAGAGGGAAGGGUUUAACGGGGGCAGCUGCUGACGUCUCUCCGUCAGGCUCGGCCAAUGUCCAGCACAUGAGACUGCCUGGAAGCGGUGCCCAGCAAGCCUGUUGUCUCUGGGGGGGAGGGGGAACGUUGGGAAUGGCAUAGCCUUUCUUGCUUGCUGUGUAACAAAUGUAGCUCAAUCCACUAUUUUUGCUCCCUGCAGUUGUUCAAUAAACUGGUUCCUCCUUUUCCAUGGUA